AGCAGCUGCGUCGCUUCGAAGCGGUAGUUUGUAGUGAUUCAUUGUUUACGAGAAAAACGGGCAGCCCACAAGUGAGAAGAAGUCUAGUGUCUAUCGAACACUCAACUCCCAGACCAGUACUGGACGGAUUCUAUUUGGUAUUCUAAAAUUCGCGUGCGACUUCGUUGUUUGUUUGUCCACAGCCUGUUUUUGUGAGAAUGCAUCUAGUGAUCUCUCAAUAAUUAAUUAAAUAUUAUUAAACAUACACACUCCUAAAGCACGGACAUAAAGCGUUUAACAAUAAACGCUGCUCUCGUUUAAACGCAGAAGGUGAAACCCUAGCUAAAAAAUUAACGCCGCAGUGUUUAAUUAAUCAAAGAAAUAGGGUAUGACAGAUCAGUUUUAUCGUUUUAGAUGAAGUAUCUUGCUAUAAGUGUAGUGCUGUAAUGUUCACUGUCUCUACAAUUGUCUGACUCAGUAGCUUUUGCCUUGUUUAUUUCAUUGUAAUGACUGUUGUUUACAAAUUUUUGUUACUAUAUACAUAAUCACACUGAUGACUUAUUGUUUGAUGGGGAAAUUAAAGUAGACAAAUGAAGGAGAAUGAAGGAAGAUGGGUUGUGUUGAAUCACCUUUUGGUAUAUUACAAUGUACUAUAGUGACAGUUAAGAAAGGCAAAGGGAUUUAGCUAUGUAGUCUAUACGGGGAAAGACCAUUCUUACAAACUGUGCAGUGAGUGACUUUAGCAAUACAAUCAGUGAUGAGGAGGAUGUCUUGGGGCAAAUUGGAUUGAUUCUUUAGACAAAAAUGAACAUUUUAUUGUACUAGCUGAGACACCGAAACAUUCUACAGUUGGUCUGCAUAUUAUAUAACUGUACUAUGUAUAGUAUUGUUCUUGCAUGUUAUGUAAGCUGGCUUGCCUAUAUCAUUCGUGACGUGGAAAAUACUCUUCGAGCGUCUUCCAACAUCUGCUUGACAUCACUAUUGGUUAUCCAGGACGCACAUGGUUGUCAUAGAAUUAUACAAAGAUAGUUAUUGCUAUUUAUUGUCUUAGUGCACUGACAUGUCUGAGACCAGGAAACAUUUCUAGAAAUUAGAGAGAAAUUACAAUGAUUGCAGGUUUAUUUGCAAAGUAUAUUAAUUAAUCUGGAGACUAUAUUGUUGAGGAGUUUAGUGGUGUGCUAGUGUUGGGUGUUAGCGGUGCAAUAUGGUGAUGCCCAAUGGUGAUAGGCAGGCGUGACUGUUGGUGGUGGUUGUCGGUUCUCUAAUGGUGCAUGGGUGUUGGUGCAUAGGCAAUGUUACCUAGUGGUUGUCGGUGUAGGUUGUGGGUGCUAGGACCCAUAAAUAUUUCUUAUCACUAUUACCUUUGCCUUGGGAGGGUAGGCUUUGUAGACCUGACACCUUGUCAUGGACUACUUGCUUGCUGCUGAUAGGCAUAUCUCAGACAUUAUGGUGUCAUGUUAUGAGACCACUAUUUUGGGAUGUUUGAAAGAAGUCAGUUGAAGUAGUUUAAAUCGCUACCAAAAAUUUCUUGAUUUACAGUACUACUAUGCACAAAUGUUUGUAGAUGCGAAAACUGCGACAACGGUGAUCAACUACGUAUAUUGACAGCGACCAGAUUUGCCAUUUCCAAGAUGGCAGACGAUGAUGACGACUGUGCAAAUGAUACAGAUACCGACUGACAUGUGAAUCUCUAACUAAGCUAUUUCUAUAUCUCAACUUAAGAUGCUGGUCGAAUUCCAAUAGAUGAAGUGAAAUUUACAGUUUCCCACUUUAAACAAGAAAUCUAUAGACAUUUCUUCAGGGGCGUUAUUUUGUUAGCAAUUGAACUUUGCAUUGAUGUGAGAAAGUUUGAGGAGCAAGGCAUCUUCCUAUUCUAACUACUGGUCACAAAAAGUUGUAUUACGGUAGAUUGACAAAUGUUGCCACCAGAGUUGUCUUAUAUUCAAGGCAAAAGAAUGCCCAAAGAGAUCCGAAUGUCAGAUGUCUUUAAAUUAAUCUACCCACUGUGGCUGACUGCAAGGAGACAUGCAACCACAGAGUGGGUGAACAAGGUGUGGGAAGUACAUGCAUUAGCUGUCUGUGAGGGUUUCUUUGGUGAUUUUUUUCUUUCGUGCGACAUUUGACACCAGAAAUGCCACUGGUUGUAAAUAGAACCCACAGGCCUCUGCAUUCUUGAUGGCUGUACACACUGGUACAGUCAGCUGACCUACCACUGAACUUAGCCUCGCCUGAACUAGCCAGCUGACCAGAAAGUAGGAGAAUUAAGUAGGAGGAAGGUGCUGUACUUCAGAUGAUGUCAUCUCAGCAGGAAAUCUGUGGGCUCUAAGUAAACAUGUACACAAUGAGUGAAAGCUUUUCAUCUUAUCCAGAUAUACAAGAAGAGAUGAUAUGAGAAUUUAAGGCUUAAUUACAGGUGAGAGUGUCAACAACUCUUUGCUUGAUCCCUCUGAACAAUGUCCCUAUGCGUGGUCUUCUUGAGUAGUUUGUGUUGGUAGGUUGGUGGUAGUGCUAGUAAUGGUUUUUGGGUACUGUAACCUAUAAUUAUAAUUUACAUUCAAGUAUCAAAGUGGACUUUAGAUUUAACUUACUCUUUACACUUUACCUGGUGCUGUUGCAUGUGAACUUCUAGAAGUAAGAGUGUGCAAGAGGUAGAAACAUGGAUUAAAACAGUCAGGUGAGACAAACGAGGACAGAGGACUUGAAAUUUGCACUGUUAUUAGCAUUUGUAGUAGUCGUAGUUGUUGCUGGUGUGUGUGUGUGUGUGUGUGUGUGUGUGUGUGUGUGUGUGUGUGUGUGUGUGUGUGUACGUGUGUGUGUGUGUGUGUGUGUGUGUGUGUGUGUGUGUGUACGUGUGUGUGCAUGUGUAUACAUGCAUUUAUGGCUUACAAGAGACACCUAUGUUUUGUACAGCUACGAGUAUGUCAUGUUGAAGAUCCAUCUGACUUGUGCAACUGCAAUAUAUCAGGGCAUCAGUUAGAAGAAGUAAACAUCAAUGAUCUCAAACUAUUUGACAAUGUCAUUCGUGUGAAUGCAACAGAGAACAAACUACCAUUUGAGAGUAUGGCAUCAUUUCCAGCCCUUAUAGAGCUUGAAAUGCCUUUGAAUGACAUUUAUAAUGUCACCAUUACACAAGGACAGUUUGAGACCUUGGAGGUUGUUGAUCUUUCAUACAACAGAGUAUCUGCAACUGCCAUCUUAAUGUUAGGCAUUUUGCCGUGUUUAAAGCAGUUGAAUUUAAGUGCAAAUGAGAUCGAAUCACUGCCUGUAGCGAUGUCACAACCAUCAUACUCAUGGAGUGAUAAUAAGCAGAUAUUGAGAUACCAACAUUUGGAAAAGCUCGUUCUCAGUGACAAUCUUUUGUCAGAUGUUACCACGUUUGCUAUUCUCGCUGGUCUCAAAAGUUUGCAGACACUAAAUCUGGAUGGAAACAUGAUUUUUGCCAUUCCUGAACUGAAACUACUUGGUCACACUUCAGCCAGGAGAUCAGUAAAUACAAAAGGAAUAAUUCAACCAGCAAACUCAAGAAGAUCAGUGAGUACAACAGCAACAACUCCAAACUCAAGAAACACACAAGUGGAGAGCAAAUUGUUGAGUCAUAAUAAUGAUCAAGCAGACAAUUUAGAGUCCGCAGUAACAAGACAGUUUGAACACGACUCGAUGCAGUUCUUUGAACAAAGAUUAGAAUCAGGAGAGCUGGAUGACGAUGAUGAACUGAUUGGUUUAACUAUGCAAGAAGAAGAAACAGAAGUUGGUCCAACAAUCGAAAGUCAACAUAAAGCUGGAACAAGAAGUCAAGACCUUCCAUUUCCAUCACUGAAAACACUCAAUCUUGCCAACAAUAAGGUUUCUGUCGCUGAGAAUCUUCUUCAUGCUGCUAGUUGGCCAGCAUUAGAAGAGCUUCUAGUGCAUGGCAAUCCAUUUACCAUCAAAGGAAAAGGGAUGCCAGUUGUUCUUCAGAAUGCAUUAGUGAGUAAAGGAGUUAAAGUUGUCAGAAUGCCAUUGAAAGCAGCAAAACACCCAUUUGUUUCAACUGCCACAAGAAAGUUUACUAGAAUUAAAGAGGAAUCUAUUCCUAAUGUGCCAAAAUUGAAUCUUGAACUUCCACCGACGUCUAGUUUCUAUGCUCUUCAAAGUCCAGGGUCUCCAACUCAAACAAACUUCCCCAGUAAACUAUUAGCAUUACCACCAAUUGGAAAAGAAAGUUGUCAACAAGAAUUUUGUCAUAAUGAUCAACACAAAGCAGAAAACAACAAACAACCAGAUGGACAUGGACAAGGAUUUUUCUUGACGCAGGCUGAUGAUGAGACUGGAAUAGAGAAUUGGAAAUUUGACGCACACCCUGCUGAUGAUGGAGAAGUACAAGCACAAACAGAGACGCAAGAAGCAGACCCCAGUGUUAAAUGUCCAGAAAGAUUCGUUGGUUAUGAAGCUCUCUUAGAUGCCAAGCCUGAUGAUACUGUAAUGAUUCCAGAAGGAGUUCAAAGUACAGCCAAGGCACUUAAAAGAGUUUUGCACCACCCACUUCACUUGCCAGAUUGUAAAACGAUUCCAACUAGUGACAGCUCUAGGCAUUCAUACCUUCACAGAAAGCUGCACACGCUGCCAACUUCAACUCAUGUUCAAGAAACUCGAGUGGCCGAACUGCACAGUCUUCUUCAAGAGAUGAAAAGCAACUUGAAUGUCACGGAUAGAAGGCUUGAUUCUGUAAUGAAGAGUGGAGAAGAUCCAAAGCUUCAAAGAGAAGCCAAGAAGCUACUGUUACAGGUUCAAGCCAAGUAUGAUGAAGUCAGAGAAAGGUCUCUUCGUCCUGCUUUGGACAUUUUCCAAUCAAAGUUUUCGUCGAGUCAAGGUAGUCAACAAGACAGCAAACAGAGUGUACAACAUCAAAAACACCAAAAGUUGCUAUAGCCCUAUCAUUUAGCU